GACAGAACUGCGGUGGGAGGACGCCGAGAGUGGCCCCGGACUCCGCCCCUCCCCCAGCCAAUCCGCGCCCCCGCCCCCUGGGCCCGCCAACCCGCGUCUCUCCCCGCCCAGUCCCCGGAGCCCCGCAGGGAGGGCGGAGGUGGGGGCCGGGCAGUCGGGCCCACUCUGGCUCGGGCCGGUGGGUGCGUCCCGGCCAGAAAUAGCCGGAUCGUCCAACUUCCUCCGCAGCCGCCGCCAACGGGCUACGGGCCCUGUUAUUACAGCGGGCGGCAGGGCCCCACGCCCUGCCUGCGGGCGCCUCGCCCGUGUCGGGGCGAGGGUAGGAAGAAUCCGGCGCGGUCCCCUAGAAUUGACCGCGUAACCUCCGACGCCCAGCUCGACUGCUGCGUAAGAGAUCCGCGGCGUCCAGGAUGCUCCCCACGGUGUCUGCUUUCCCUUUUGCCAAAGGGUGACUGAGACACCCGGAGAAGGUCUGUGAAUCCUGGUAACCUCCACUCCUUGGAAGAGCCAAGCUCCGGAGGGCAAGACACACACCCCCAUGCCCACCCUCUGGGGGUUUCUCUAGGCUUUGAAGCCUACCACUGUGACCUCUGACACCUCUGGAAACCUGCAGACUCAUCUACUCAAUUCGAGAAGUCUACAAGCAGCGGCUGGAUGGGGUUGAAAUGUUGGAGAGACAUAUCAUUCAGGCCCGUGCUCGGGCCAUGGCGGAGGAAGAGCGGAUAGUACACCAGGCAGAAGCACAGUUCCUUGAGGCCCCCAGCUUCAUCAAGUUGCCUCCAGUGAAGUCUGUCUUCAGAUGGUGUGUGGACAGUGAGUUGCUACGGAAACAUCAUUUGAUCUGCCCAGAAGAUUACUACAAUGAUCCAGUGCCAUUUUGCUCUGCACCUAAAGGCAUCUUCCUCCCUGGAUGUCAAAAACUGACAUUUAGUUGUGGGAAGCAUUCCAGCUCAAAGAGAGAGCUGACCAAGAGGCUUGAAGUUUCAUUCCAGAAGAAACUUCCCGCUUCUGAGGACGAGAUAGACUUCAGUAGGGACAGCCCGACAUGGGACUCAUCUUUUGAGGCCAAACACAGGACCAAAGAAACUAUCCAGAAAGCAAGUCCACCAAAGAAUAAAAACUGGAUGAACCACUUACGUGUACCACAGAGAGAAAUGGAGCGACUUCUACUUGCCAGAAUGGAAAAUCGAAACCGUUUCCUGAAAAACCCUCGGUUUUUCCCUCCUAAUACUCCCCAUGGAGGCAGGUCUCUCCUUUUUCCUCCAAAGAAGGCAGGAUGGAUAGAAUGCCAGAGUGGAAAGCCAGAACAAAGUUGUGCUGAUACUCCAGUGUUUCUAGCUAAGCCAUCAGUUGGGUUUUUCACAGAUUAUGAAAUUGGACCAGUUUAUGAGAUGGUAAUCGCGCUGCAGAACACCACCACUACCAGCCGCUACCUGCGAGUCCUCCCACCUUCUACCCCAUACUUUGCUCUAGGGUUGGGGAUGUUCCCAGGAAAAGGUGGAAUGGUGGCUCCUGGGAUGACCUGCCAGUACAUUGUCCAGUUUUUUCCAGACUGCCUUGGGGAUUUUGAUGAUUUUAUUUUAGUAGAGACCCAGUCAGCCCACACUCUCCUGAUCCCGCUGCAGGCCCGGAGACCGCCCCCGAUGCUGACAUUGCCGCGGGUGUUGGACUGUGGUUACUGCCUCAUUGGGGGAGUGAAGAUGACCAAAUUUAUCUGCAAAAAUGUUGGCCUCAGUGUUGGCAAGUUCUGCAUUAUGCCCAAGAAGAGCUGGCCACCGCCAAGUUUCAGGGCUGUUGCAACCAUUGGCUUUGUUGAGCAACCUCCCUUUGGAAUCCUGCCCUCAGUGUUUGAGCUGGCCCCGGGACAGGCCGUAUUAGUGGAGGUUUUGUUCUUCCCAACGAGCCUAGAAAAGGCAGAGCAGUCCUUCAUCAUCUUGUGUGACAACUGUCAGAUAAAGGAGCUGGUGACCAUAGGAGUCGGGCAGCUGGUUGCUUUGGAUUUGGUCUACAUUUCUGGUGAAAAAAGUCAACCAGAGCCUGGAGAGCUCACAGACUUAACAGCCCAGCACUUCAUACGUUUUGAGCCUGAAAACCUUCGAUCCACAGCUAAGAAACAGCUGAUUAUUAGAAAUGCUACGCACGUGGAGCUGGCCUUCCACUGGCAGAUCAUGAAGCCCAACCUGCAGCCUCUAAUGCCAGGAGAAACCUACAGCAUGGACAGCAUCAAGUACCAACCUGACAGAGAGACGGCCUUCUCCGUCAUGCCUGAAAAGGGGGUUCUCAGCCCCCACAUGGACCACGAGUUCAUCCUGAGCUUUUCUCCUCAUGAGCUGCAGGCUUUUCACAGUGUGCUCCAGAUGGUGCUGGAGAAAAUUCCAGAGCCUGUGAGUCCAGAAAUGGAGAGCCUGAAGGACUCCCCAUGCUCUGUGGAUGACGUGAUCGUCCUGGAAAUCGAGGUGAAAGGCUCAGUAGAACCUUUCCAGGUUCUCUUAGAACCAUAUGCCCUCAUCAUCCCAGGGGAGAACUACAUUGGCAUAAAUGUGAAGAAAGACUUUAAGAUGUGGAACAACAGCAGGUCACCCAUCAGAUACACGUGGGGGAAGAUCAGCGACUGCCACAUUAUUGAAGUGGAGCCCUGCUCAGGGGUCAUAGAGCCCAAUGAGGUCGGAGAUUUUGAGUUGAACUUUACCGGGGGUAUUCCUGGCACAACCAGCCAGGACCUGCUGUGUGAAAUCAAAGACUCACCCUCACCGGUGGUGUUGCACAUCGAGGCAGCCUUUAAGGGGCCUGCUGUCAUCAUCGACAUCUCAGCCCUUCAAUUUGGUUUGCUCCGCCUGGGGCAGAAAGCCACGCACUCCAUCCAGAUCCAGAACGUCAGCCAGCUCCCAGCCGUGUGGCACAUGAAGGAGAGCAUGGUGUGCCUGGAAGAAAGGCGUGAGGAUGUGUCUCCCUUCAACAUUGAGCCCUCAAGCGGCCACCUUUACCCUCUGGGGAAGUGCAAAGUGAACGUCACCUUGGAGGCCUCGCGCUGCCAGACUCUGCAGACCGUCCUGGAGCUGGAGGUGGAAAACGGGACCUGGAGCUACCUUCCUGUGUAUGCUGAGGUGCAGAAGCCCCAUGUGUACCUCAAGAGCAGCCAGGUGGAGAUCUGCAACCUCUUCCUGGGUGUGCCCACAAAGGCCACCAUCACACUCAUCAAUGGCACACUGCUGCCCACCCGGUUCCACUGGGGCAAGCUCCUAGGGCACCAAGCAGGCUUUUGUACAGUGACAGUCUCCCCCAAACAUGGCACACUGAACCCCAGCGAGGAGCGCCAGUUCAACUUGGAGUUCACUACUCAAACCCAGGAAGAGCUGACUGAUCUGGCCCUCCCUUGUCACGUGUCAGGCAUGAAGAAAUCCCUGAUCUUGGGCAUUUCUGGAAAGCCCCAGGGAUUGCAAGUGACCAUCACCAUCUCUAAGGGGGACUCUGACAGCAGUGUUUUCAGCACAAAGCAGUGGCCAGGCUGCCUGGAGGAGCUCCACCUGGACUUCGGCUCCACAGUGCCAUUGAGGACCCUUGUGAUUCGCCAGCUCAUCCUGACCAAUCACUCCCCAAUACAGACCCCUUUCACCCUCAAGUUUGAGUACUUCGGGAGCCACAGGCACAGCCUGAGCAAAAAGACCAGCCUCCCUGACAUACCCCCUGCCCUGCUAAAGUCGGCACGGAUUCGAGAACGCUUGGCCAAGCGAGAGCAGCUGGAUUUUAUGGAAAGCAUGUUAUCUCAUGGGAAAGGAGCUGCCUUCUUUUCCCACAUUUCCCAAGGCAUGCUGGGGGCCUACCAGCAGCUAAGCAUUGACAUCACGGGCUGUGCAAACAUGUGGGGCGAGUACUGGGACAACCUCAUCUGCACGGUGGGUGACCUGCCACCAUCCGUCAUCCCGGUGCACAUGGCAGUAGUGGGCUGCCCCAUCAGCUCCCUGAGGACCACCUACUACACCACUGCUCAGCCCCAGAAGGAGUCUGUUAUCAGAUUCCCCACUCAGCUCUCUGGAGGAGACACAGUCACCCGGGUCCUUCGCCUGAAUAACUCCAGCCCCUGUGAUAUCCGCCUGGACUGGGAGACCUAUGCUCCGGAAGACAGGACAGACCAGCUAGUGGAGCUGCUGGUGUUUUACGGGCCACCUUUCCCUCUGCGGGACCAAGCUGGGAAUGAGCUUGUGUGCCCUGAGACCCCCGAGGACAGCAGUUUCCCCUGUUCUCCAAUUCCCUCCAAUGAGUCGGAAGCUUCUCAUUCUUCCGAAGGCCACUCCAGUGCCAGCGACAGGGCCGCACAGAAGAUCAUCUCAGUCAUCCUACAGAAGCAUGAGGGAGUGCUCUCCGACCACCUGUACUCUAUCAGCCCAAAGCAGGUGGUGGUCCCUGCCAGGGGCAGUAGCUCCAUCUCCAUCUCCUUCACACCCAUGGUCCUCAGCCCCAACAUUCUGAACAAGGUGGAGUGUAUCGGCUACGCCCUGGGCUUCAUGAGCUUGGACAACGAGGUGGAGAGGGAGAUUCCGGGGAGGAGGCGCCGCCUGCAGGACUUUGCUGUGGGACCACUGAGGCUGGACCUGCAUGGCUACGUGAGGCCUGCACAGCUAAGCGUGGAGCUGAACUAUAGCGGCAGCAUGGAAUUCCAUCACCAGGCCAGUGACCUCAUCCCCGAGCAGCCCUGCUCUGGGGUGCUGAGUGAGCUGGUGACCAUCCACCACCUGAAGCUGACCAACACUACCGAAAUCCCACACUACUUCCGGCUCCUGGUCUCCAAACCCUUCUCUGUUUCUCAAGAUGGGGCCAGCCUUGGUCACAGAGCUCCUGGCCCCAGCCAGGAACAGGAAUGUGAGGAGGAGACAGCAGCUCCGAGCAAGCAGCUGGUGCUUCACCCACAGGAAAACAUGCUGGUGAACGUGUCCUUCUCGCUCUCCCUGGAGCUGCUCUCCUACCAGAAGCUCCCAGAUGACCAGAUGCUGCCCGGAGUGGAUAUUCAGCAGCGUGCGAGUGGGGAGAAAGAGAUGGUGUUUGCUCAGAAUCUGCUGCUGGAGUACGCCAACCAGACCACUCAGGUGGUGCCCCUGCGGGCCACCGUGGCCGUGCCCGAGCUGCAGCUGUCCACCAGCUGGGUGGACUUUGGGAUCUGCUUUGUGAACCAGAGGCGGCUCCGGGAGGUCUACCUGAUGAACCUGAGUGGCUGCCAGAGCUACUGGACCGUGCUGAUGAGCCAGCAGGAGCAGGCCAAGGAUGCCGGGGCCUUCGGGGUCUCUCCAAGAAGUGGGCUGCUGGAGGCACGACAGGUCAAUGCACCCCCAACCUCCAUCACCCUGCAGGUUUUCUUCACUGCCAGGAGCAGCGAGCUGUGUGAGUCCACGCUGGUGGUGGAGGGCGUGCUCGGCGAGAAGGCCUGCACCCUGCGGCUCCGGGGCCAGGGCUCCUAUGAUGAGAAAUAUGCCUCGGCCCACCAGCCCUGAGGCCUGCCUCCCACUCCCAGCCCCAGGCCCCCAGCUUUGGAAAGAAACAUGGCCCAGUCUGCUGGGCAGGGCCGCAGACUGGGGAACUGGGAGGAGCUGGUGUCUCAGGCCCCCUGUAGGCUCUGAGCAACUCCUAGGAUGGAGGGACUGCUUCCAGGGCAGUGGUCUCAGGCUGGCCACUGCAUCUCAUGCCCUCAGAAGUAAUAUAAAGGCCAGGCCACACCCCAGGGAGACCAUGACAGUUAAGAAUCACUACACAGGCUGAGCAUAGAGAGAAGAGCAGCCUGUCAAGAACUGGUCCUUGGGAAAAAACCACAGCCACCAAGACAAGAUAACACACAUUUACUACAUCCAUUGGACUCCUCAUCCAUGAAGCCAUCUUCCCCCAGGAGUUACACAGUAGUCUUGUGGCCUGGGUGACCCAGUCAAACUUUGGCCCAGCUUGAGGAAGCCUCACAGGGUGCAGCCCAACACCCCUCCAGUCCUGUACUGUGUCAUCGGUGUUCACAUUUCCCAAGUUUGUUGAAGUGCCUUGAUUUACCCACUGCCACCACCACCCCCAGUUCUUAAUGUUCCCACGUGGCCUCACGUCCAGUGUUUAUCUCUUGCCGCGAGAGCAGGGCUGUCUGAGUAGUGCCUUUAGCCCUUCAGCCACCUGGGGCCUUGCUCAGUUCCCAGGGUACUCAAAGACAGCAGCAGCCCCCAUUCCGGUCCCAAUGCACAUAGACACCACCCCAUAUGCCCUGUGGAAACAAAACUGUGUUGGCUGGACAAAGCACAAAGGGCAGAGACCCAACUGCUAAAGCCUCCCCAGACCUGACUUCACUAAACAAUUAAGAAAGCCAGGGUGAGCUGGAUGGACCCAUACUUUCCUGGGCACAAGGAAUGCAAAACCUCAAGAACCAGAUGAUCUGUGGGGCAUAUGAUGCCCUGAUUGCCCACAUAGGCACACACAGAGGGUAGCAGAUUCCUCCUGCAAGGCAUGGUCCCCUCUGCAAAGGUGGCUCUCAGGGAAAAUAGAUCAUGUUCCUGCCUCCUCA